AGCUUCAAGGGAGAGGGGAAGACGAACGUGGGUCUUUUUAGAAAAGCUCUUGUGUAAUAUGAUCUCAAUUUACAGGGUAAUUCCUUUAACUCAUCCCGUUUACACACAUCACGUGCAGAGGGGUGGGAAGAUGUUGUCUUCCACUAGCAAACACAUGAACCAGCAGGGGUUCUUCCCUGCGCACUCCUAGCUGAUGGGCAUUCAUUGAACUACACAAGCUGGAGAUGGAAAAGACCGAGCUGUAAACACUCCCAAAGGACCUUGCCCAUCCUCCCUGUGUGGAUAGAAGGUGCCCUCCUCCCGACCUUCAGAAACAUGCCUCAGAAACACCUUUAUACCAGAUGCAACGUGCCAGAUCGACAGCUCUGGAUCCUCAGCAAAAAGGGCCGGGUGACGUUUGAGGAGGUGGCCGUCUGGUUUUCCCGGGAGGAGUGGGAGAUGCUGGCAGACUGGCAGAAGGAGCUGUACCGGGCCGUGAUGCUGGAGAACUAUGAGAAUCUAUUUCUUCUAGCAGGCCAUGCAGAUGCCAAACCUGAGAUCAUAACCAAACUUGAACGAGGGGGAGAGCUGUGUGUUGAGGACCAGCAGGCCCCGGAGGGGAGAGAAAUUCUUCCAAAUGCUUCCAGGGGUUUCAGUGGGGGAUAAAGUUUGUCCGAUGCCUGGGAAGAGGUCCAGCGUUACAGAGCUCUGACAACGAAACAAGCGCAGCUGUUCUAACUGGAGGUGAGAGGACGAACAUGAACUCGGACCAGGCAGCUGUAGAGGAGCUAAAUAUUUCCUGCUAUUAAGCUUCUCUCGCUUUCUUUGCUGGGCGUUUGGUUUUGUUCCACCACGAGGCUGUAGCCUGACGUUGCAGAGUGGAAAGCCUCGAAAUGCGUUUCCCUUUGAGGAUCAAAAUGUGCCUAUAGUUGGCAGGUCAAAAUCAGCUGCUGCUGCCCUCUGAAAGCACCUGCCAGACAGCUAAGAAUUAAAGAGCUGGGUGUGGCUCGAAAGCUUGUCUCCCCAAUAGCAGCUGGUCUGAUAAAAGACAUCACCUCCCCCACCUUGUCUCGCUAAUCUCCUGGGACUGACACAGCUACCACACCACUGCCAUUGAGGCAGGUCUGUUCCAUAUCCGGGGCAGUGCUGGGAGGGGGGGGUUGUGGGGGCUAUUGCCACCCCAAUAUUUGCCUUAGUCCUCCCAUAGCCACCCCUCACAGAGCUGGGUGCCCGGCCAGCAGCUGCCACCAGCUCUGGCCACCCAGCUCCUGCCACUGGGGCAGUCUCCCCUUCUGUGGCUGGCGUGGCACUGGGGGAGCAUGCCCAAUGCUAGAGGUGGGUGUGCCCAAGUGGGUCUCCGCUGAGCAGGGGGCUGGGGGGGGCAGGGCGCCUCUGGCUCAGGAGUGGGAGCUGCAGCUGCUUCUGUACUGAACAAGCAUUCAGGCUCCUGAGGGCUUGAUUUAAAGAGACAGCGCGCUGACACACUCAGGCACACAGGCCCCACACACACUCCGCCCAACACACACAUUCUCUGUCUCUCUCACACAGUCUCCCACAUGCACUCCCACCACACACACACACACACACUCUCCCUGCAACAUGCACAGUUUCUCUUGCCCUCACACCCUUGUAUUAUUGUUGUUACUUCUUGGUACUUCCUGUCGAAAUGCGCAAGACACACACAUUCUGGUAUCUUUCAGAGUUCGUUAAGGAUCACAGUGCUGUUAUUUUAGUUUCUGGUCUGGUCUGUGCAUUUCAUAAUUUUAUUUCUCUCUCGUGCUUAAAUUGAAUUCUUUGAGUAGCGAGUGCUAAAAUGCCUAACCUGUCCUGGCUGGAGUAAUUAUCAUUGUUACAUAUUGUGCUUUGUCAUUUAUUAUUUAAAGUGGUACAGUCAAAUAAUAAUAGUAUGCGUCUAGAAUGUAAAUUUAGCUUGUACUCACCUUAGCAGUGCCGGUAUAAAAAAAAUAGCUAAACUUUAGACACUGUGCAGAUGAAGGUUGCUUAUUUUCAAAUUGUAUUUUUAAUUAUAUCUGUAAAAUAAUUUAAUACAGAUGAAAAUAAAUGUGGUACCAUGUCUGCUACUAAUAGUAAUGACAGAGUCAAACGGUAGUGAGUCAUGUACAUGAUUGAGAUCAGUAAACAUAAAUGCUGAACUAAUCAGAAAAAUAAAUUCCUGUUAAUAAAAGAGAAAAACUUAACCACAUGUUAAUAUUAAGUAAAUAUGUUUAUAGUGGAGUGAGAAACAAUUGACUAAAAUAGAGUAGAUAAUGGCAGUAACACAGAGUGUGUCUGUAAGCAGAUUUUAUUUAUUUUUAUUUAUCUCUACUAUCGAUAGUGUACAAAGUAUCAAACUUGUGUUGCUGAUAUCUGUGUUAAGGCUCCAGAAUUGACACCUCAAGGUUUGGGAUUGGGAAUAUCGUGCUGUAUUAUCUCCUGAUUGUUCUAAACUUACAUAUAAACUUAAAAUGUGGCUUUAA